UUGUAAUCAAUAACAAUAACUAAGAGGAGAAGAAAUGGGUGGAGUUACAAGGAUUUCAGUAAUGUUGGUUUGCCUCUUGGCAGGAGUUGUCUUCCCCACAAGGGCUGAAGACCCUUAUCUCUACUUCACUUGGAACAUAACCUACGGAACCCUAGCUCCGGCAGGGGUCCCCCAACAGGUUAUUCUCAUCAACGGCGAAUUCCCAGGCCCCAACAUCAAUUCCACCAGCAACAACAACGUCGUCAUCAAUGUUUUCAACAACCUUGACGAGCCAUUCCUUUUCCAUUGGGCUGGGAUCCAGCAAAGGAAGAACUCCUGGCAAGACGGCGUAGCAGGCACCAACUGCCCCAUUCAACCAGGCACCAAUCUCACCUAUAAAUUCCAAGUCAAGGAUCAGAUCGGAAGCUAUUUCUAUUACCCCAGUCUCGGCAUGCACCGCGCAGCCGGCGGCUUCGGUGGCCUCCGCAUCAACAGCCGCUUGCUCAUCCCAGUGCCCUACGCGGACCCCGAGGAUGACUACACCUUGCUGGCUGGUGAUUGGUACACCAAGAGUCACUCCACCCUCGCCAAGCUCCUUGACAGUGGCCGCGCCCUUGGCCGCCCCCAGGCCCUUCUCAUCAACGGCCAGAACGCCAAGGGUGACGGCACUGAUCAGCCCCUCUUCACCAUGCUUCCCGGCAAGACCUACAAGUACCGUCUUUGCAACGUGGGUCUCAAAAACUCCGUCAACUUCCGCUUCCAAAACCACCAGAUGAAACUCGUUGAGUUGGAAGGCUCCCACACCGUUCAGAACGUUUACGACUCCCUCGAUGUUCACCUCGGCCAGUGCUUUGGCGUCCUUGUCACCGCUGACCAAGAGCCCAAAGACUACUACAUCGUUGUCUCUUCCCGCUUCACCAAAACCACCCUCACCGGAAAGGGAAUCAUCCGCUAUGUCAACGGCAAGGGCCCAGCUGCCCCUGAAAUCCCCGAGGCUCCCGUCGGCUGGGCAUGGUCUCUCAAUCAGUUCCGCUCCUUCCGCUGGAACUUGACCGCCAGCGCCGCCAGGCCAAACCCCCAGGGCUCCUACCACUACGGCCAGAUCAACAUAACUCGCACCCUCAAGUUCGUUAACACCGUCAGCAGGGAUAACGGCAAGCUUCGGUACGCCAUCAAUGGUGUUUCACACGUCGAUAGCCAAACCCCACUCAAGCUCGCUGAGUACUUCGGUAUCGGCGACAAAUUCUUCAAGUACGACACCAUUCCCGAUGAGCCACCAGCAAACCUUGGAACCGCCGUCACCUUGGCUCCCAACGUUAUCAAGUUCACAUACCGCACCUUCAUCGAGAUCAUCUUUGAGAACCAGGAGAAGAGCAUCCAGUCCUACAACUUGAACGGUUACUCCUUCUUCGCAGUGGCGAUUGAGCCCGGCACUUGGACUCCCGAGAAGAGGAAGAACUACAAUCUUCUGGAUGCUGUGAGCAGACACACGAUUCAGGUGUUCCCCAAGUCAUGGGCUGCCAUCAUGUUGACAUUCGACAACGUAGGAAUGUGGAACUUGAGGUCGGAGAUUGCUGAGAAUAGGUACUUGGGACAACAGCUUUACAUCAGUGUUCCAACUCCAGAAGGAUCCCUGAGGGACGAGUACAACAUUCCCGAAAACGCUCUAUUGUGUGGCGCUGUGGUGGGUCUUCCAAAGCCACCAUCAUACUGGUAAUUAAGUUGGAGUACUAUUACCAUAAAAUUUGGAGUAGUAGUUAGUAUGGAGAAAGUUGAGAAGCAUAAUAACAUUUGGGACCUUGAUGGAGCAUCACAUCUCUUGAAGCCCUUCUGCUCAACUCCUUCUCCAAUAUCUUAUUUUAUUUUAGUUCUUUCCUUCUAGGAGUGUGGCUUCGCACACCUUCCACCAUUUAUCAUAAAAAAUAUUUCUAUUUCAUUUC